CGAAUUGGCCACUCCAAUAGAAAAACUCCAAGCCAAGCCACCAGUCGCCGCGAGAGUGGCCGCGCGAUUGAUCGCGAUAGUCGGUGAACGGGACGCUCGCGGUGUUUACGCCACACGUGGCCGGCUGAUCGACGUUGUGCGCCGUUUCGCGUACAUCGCGAACGUCGUCGUCGCGGUCGUCGUCGUCGUCCAAGGAGCAGCCGCAGUCGAGGAGACGGCGAUCGUGUUUGCAUCGUCCGGGGGAACGUCAUCGAGAAUAUCCGAGACGCGACGCGUUGCGGGCCGACGACGUCCCCGAUAACCGCGUUCGUCGCGUGGAAAAUUCGUUUUCCUGUUUUCCGCUUGAAAACGGCUGCUCCCUUCUCCGCGUGGCACGACGAUGGCAGAUAUGCCAGCGAACGUGGGCAUUACGCGGAAGAUGUCUUUUGGCAUCAACGGCAAGCUGAACGGCGUCGAAGGCAAGACGCCCUUCCUGAUAGGCGUCUCCGGUGGCACCGCGAGCGGAAAGUCUACAGUAUGCAAGCGCAUAAUGGAAAAACUAGGUCAAGUCGAUAUGGAUCAUCAACAGCGUCGGGUGGUCUGCAUAUCACAGGACAGCUUUUAUCGCGACCUAAUGCCUGCCGAGAAGGUGAAAGCUGAAAAAGGACAGUACAACUUUGAUCAUCCAGAUGCCUUUGAUGAUGAUUUGAUCUUACAAACGCUACAGGAUAUACUUGCUGGUGUCAAGUGUGAAAUACCAGCUUAUGAUUACAGGACAAAUAGUUUAAUGAAAGAUCAAGUUACCACGAUUUAUCCUGCGGAUGUAGUGCUGUUUGAAGGAAUUCUGGUAUUUUAUUUUCCCAAAAUUCGGGAUUUGUUUCACAUGAAAUUGUUUGUGGAUACCGAUUCUGACACCAGACUUGCAAGGAGAGUACCAAGAGAUAUAAAGGAACGUGGAAGAGAUUUGGAUUAUGUCUUGAAUCAAUAUAUGAACUUUGUAAAACCAGCUUUUGAGGAGUUUUGUUUGCCAACAAAAAAGUUUGCAGAUGUUAUAAUACCAAGGGGAGCAGACAAUACAGUGGCAAUAGAUCUAAUAGUGCACCACAUCUGGGAUAUUAUGCGUUCGAAAAACGCCGAAAACUCAGCCGGGCAGCAUCCAUUCCUCUACCAGCGUAGGCGUACUUCAGCCUCAUCCGACACACUCAGCAGAUGAUUUAAGCAUGAUAAGCUCACUUUGUCAAGCACUGCAUUUUUUCUACACCACGCUCUUAUGUAUGACUGAAUGUGACAUUUUUUCCAAUCUUUUUCUAAUAAUUAGAAGAAGUAAUGUCCGUUUUUGAAUGCAAAGAUCACAUAUAUUAUUGAUAUUGAUUGGCAAUAAUUUGAGGAACAAAUAUAUUGAGAUAUAUGACAUAAAUAAUUGGUCGAAUGAAAAAGGAGAGAAAAACGAAUGAAUGGAUAUAAUCCUUUUUCUAUAAUGUUUAUUAAAACAGAAUUUGAAUAACUUUUUGCAAUCUAAUAACUGCGGCAAAAAUUAAAUUUUGAUACGAGAUUUGAUAUUGGUAUUUACUAAUGUCUAGGAUUUUUAUUUUUGCUGUGAUACUUUUACAAAUGCUACAUUGUGGUCAAUUAAAUACAAUAUUUUUUAACAAUUCAAAUUUUAUAUAAUGGAAAACGGACAUUGUUUAUUUGCCAAUUAUACAUCUAUAUGAUAAUUGAUGAAUUAUAUCUUAUACUUACACGGCGGAAAGAAUGGUGCUUUUUAUACAUAUUUUAUCCUGAAUGAAUACAUUAGCGUGAAUUAUAUUACAAUUCCAAACCACCGAGAAAUGCAUGAAAUUGUGUAAAUUCACUAAAAAGUAAGUUAAAAGGGGCAACAAUGCAGUCAACACAACUGAAUUCUUAAUUUUUCAACUCUGAAUUUAAUUUGAAUUUUUAAAAAUAUUUUUUUAAUUUCUACAUUAUACUAGUAUCGGUUUAUAUCUUUUAUGUCUAUUUGCUAAAGAAUCAAUAUUUCUAGAUUUUUUUACAUAAGAACUGCAGUAGUAAUGUACUUAAGCUAUAUCGAAUCUUUUAGACUGAAAGGAUAGAAAACGAAUCUUCUUUUUGAAAACUGUUUAUUAUUUUAACUUGUAUUCAUUUCCUCAUAAAUUGAGAUUAUGUUUUUCAAUUUAUGUAAAUAGAAAUAAAAUAAGAAAAAUUUUCAGAAAUAUUUCCUAAUUUCGAAAAGUUAGGAAUUCAAUUUCAUUAAAUAAUUUCCUAUUCGUUUUAACUUAAUCAUUCUUGCGAGUUGUAACUUAAUAUCAUAUCAAAUAACUAUCAUUCGAUUUUCUGGACAAAUAUCUCACAAGUAUUACAUAAGAAAACUUACAAAUAAUAUGUAUGUGUGCGAUAUUGUAUCUGUGAUAUGUGUGUAAAUUUGUAUGUUGUGUACAAAUGUAUUUUAAAUACCACAUACAUUUUAGAUUUAUCUAUAAGACAUUAUUCGAUUUCUAAUAACUAACAUGUUUUGCAUUUGUAUUUCGCAUAAUAUUUUGAACGUAAUCAUGUACAAGUAUCCACUAGCAUAAUUCUAAGACACAAUUUAUCUAAUUUAGACAUACCUCGAAAUAUUUGCAUAUUACCCUUCAUAAUAUUCUUGUAUUUCUAUAUGUAUACAAGAUACGCGCCAAAAUUAUAUUCCUUUCUGUUCAGCAAAAAUAUCGACGCUAUCUUUGUUUAAUAUAAUGUAACUCUUAAUAGGAUUAUAAUUUAUUUCUCCUUAUUUUCAAAUAAUUACUUACUCCUUAUUUUCAAAUAAUCAAAUUUGAAGUGAAAACUUAUCCUUUAAUUUAUUAACUUUUCAUUUUAAUAAAAUCUUUGUUUUUAUUAUAUAUAAUAAAGUUUUAUAGUAAGUUUUACUAAGAAACCUCGAUUUUGUAAGGUUAGUAAUUCUUUCUAAUCUGUACCAAAUAUCUGUAGUCGAGAAAGAGACAGAAAGAAAGCACAAAUUAGGAUUCUGUUACAUACUGUUAUUAAAAAAGAACAAAAUUUUCUUAUAUUUGCAAAACAGUAUAUCAAUACAAGUGUCUUACGCAUAAUAAAAUUUUAUGUAAUUCUAAUGCGAUCAUAAUUAUUAUUUGAGAUAGUAACAAUCAGUUCCAAAUAUCAACAAUUUGUUAUCAUGUUCCGAGAUGUAUAAUGAUAUAUCGCAAAUAAAGCAAUUUACAUCUUAUCCUCGAUGAUCGAAUUCACGAUUGUAUACUGAUGUUUUGUGAUCUGUUGCAGUGGCGAUAGAUCUGAUAGUGCAACACAUAAGAGACUUCUUAAGCAACCGAGGUAGGCAAAUGGUGGAACCUGAAAGUCCAAUAAGCAGAAUAGAGGGAUUAUUCAAGAGGCCGCAUUAAUCUUUGAGACUUUUAACAUGCUUUAGAAUGAAUUCGUCAGAUCGUGUUUUCUUUUAACUUAUUCUAUUUACAAAAUAUAAAGAAAUCUUUUUAGAUCAAUGUUUCAGAGGGCAUCACAUUGCGUUUUAGCGAUAUUUUUCUAUAGCAUUUUGCGGUAACAUUGGAAUGAAAAUUAUUGAAUAAUCUAAUGGAACUAAAACUUAGAUAUUUAUAUAGAGGAUAUACACAGAAUGUGAUCUAAUCAGGAUAUUUAGCAAACUUGCGAGAGCAAAUUACAUGCAGUUAGGAUAAGAAUGUAUACAUGCCUGGCAGAAUUCUUGUCCUAGCAUAAUCCACAAUUUGCUAUAUCUUUGAUUUGCAUUCUGUCUAUGUAAAUCUUAAAAAAGGGCACUAACAUCAAAUGAAAUAUUAUUA